AGAUAGAUAUCUGAUAACAUAAGGAUAUUAUUAUAAGAAACGAGUAACCAAAAUAAUAUAAAUAAAGCAUAUAAGUUACAUAACUACCCAAACUGUACGAAUCGAAACCAAAAAUAUAACACAAUAAUAAGUUUAAAAAACCCAUCCGAUGGCGAAGGGUAUUCUUGAACGAAGUAGACAAAUACACGGUAAAAACAUCGUUCUCGUACAUUUUCUUUUUCUAAUAUAAAAAUAGUAUAUAGCCUAUGUUCAUCCUGAAGGAAUAAGCUUUGCAAUUGCGAAAUAAUUUUAAAAAUCGGCUCAGUUUAUUCGGAGUUUACCUCUAGCAAACAAACGAACAAACAAACAUUUUCGCUUUACGUAUUAGAAAGCCUGUAGAUAACUUUUAACUUUUAUUUAAUAUUUUAAAAAUCUUAUUUAAAUAUAGGCUAUAACUAAACCUCAAAUUAAAAUUAUUAAAAUUGUAUAACAUCUUCCCCAGGCUAUAAAAUAUUUAUGAAAAAAUUGUUUAACAACGAUCUUAUUUGAUAUUCCAGGAAUAAAGCUGAUCGUAUAGAUAAAGGCAAAUUCACUAUUAUAUAAUAAACAAAGCAACCUUGAGAAAGUAACCUGUAGAAGGUUAUCAAGAAGACUGAAUAAUUCAAAUUAUUUUGAAGAUGAAAUAAUUGGUUUGGAUCAGCGAAUCAAUCAUUGAGAAGUCUUUCAGCUUUAAAAAAAACUCAUAUAAAUAUAUCAAAAGUUAAUCAGAAGCAAUUUAAAAUAUCGAAAUGAAAGUUAAAAGUUUCAUUUUUCUUACUUUGCUUUAUUUUUUUAAAACCGAGGGCUUAAAUACAAAACCAUACUCAUUUUGUUUAAAGAGUUUUGUGGAUAGAUAUUGUGCUUUGACUGAUCGAAAAGCAAUAUCCGAAUGUGUAAGACAACUUAACGGUAGCAGAAAUUUUGAGAUAUUUGAACAUUGUUAUAAUUCCAUUUCUGAAUUUGGAGUAUCUUUGAGUUCAAGUGAAAAGCUGAAUAGAGUUUGUGAUUUGGAUAUUGAUGAAUAUAUUGGAAUCUCUAAUUGUUGCGAAUAUGGGGCAAUUUUGGAUCUAAAAAGAAAGGGAAACGUAUACAAUAAUAAUCAGCACUGCCUUUCUAAACAAGAAAGAAUAGAAAGGAAUGUUUGUGGACAUCUACGACUUCAUCAUAUUCCGAAAUUCUAUAAUCCAAUUUAAACUUUCGUAUGCUUUUCGGACAGUCUAUCAUCCCUCAUCAGCUGUGCUUGUUACAAUUGGUGAGUUUGCAGGACUUUAAAUGGUAGUACUGUACAUUCUAUUUGAUAACAAAUCGUACGUGUCUUCAUUAUUAGUUUUUACAGAUUUCUUUUAUUGACAGUACAAACAGUAGCAGAGUUUAUACAUAAUGAAUGCUGUUUAAUAAAUUAAUUGUGAAGUAAAUGAAGUUUUUGCAAUCUGUCAGCUCGUACCAAUUACGUUUACUACUACUAACGCGAUGCUACUGUGACAAUGCCGAAGGGCUCGACCACAUUCUUCGCACCACAGGACCGAAGGGUCGACAUCGCGUAGGCGAAGACCGCAAUGACAACUUCGUCAGGACUGACACCACUGUGUCUUUGAGUAGACACAGACCGUUACAUUCGCAGGUACACGCGAGUAGUCACGUCUGUGGAAGCUUAAGUUUGGAAUGGAGACGGAGGGAGAUAUCCGGAAGAAGUGCACUCCAAGAGGCUAUUCAUUUAACAAACUCCCGUUUAUUCAGAGAGGCUGUUUACAGGAUUUUGAGACUGAGGAGCUAGCUUUCUCACUAACUCGAGUAACCAUCAACGGGGAAGCUUAUCAUAUCAAGAGAGAGAGAGAACUUACAAAACUUUCGCGCGACGACAAAUACCUGGAGU